CCCCACUCAGGAAGGUAAACUCCUGGAACUCUUGGGACCGCGAGUGAGCGAAGCAGCUAGCAUGGUGGCGCGGAUAUGUGGUGUCAGCUGUCUUGUGUCGACCAUUAGAUCUGGAGUUUUCUGUUUUAGCGCCCUGCAUUGUAUUUCCUCACGCGGAAGGACGCGCCAGUUAGCCCACAGGCUGUUUUCUGGCGGCCGCAGCCCUGCUAACUGCACCGAGAGCGGCGCGCCCCUGCUACAUGCCCGGGUUGCCUGACGCGCACUGACGUCACAUAGGGCGCGACAGCGGCGGCCGGGAGCAUGCAGGGUGCACAGCCCACGGAGGGAAGAGGAAGGCGAGGUUGCCCUGCUAGCUCCACGCUAGAGCGCGGCGACGAAGACGAACUCCUUAGCGCCGGCCGGAGAAACUGGAUCAUGGAAGUGAGCACACUUUUGCAUCUUAGGAAGUUUGGUGCGUCUUCAAGUGAAAGAUAAGUGCUUUUGAAGGUUCAGGUGUAUCAUGCGACUGGAAAAAAAGUCAGUACAAACGUAGGUAGAGCGCUUACCGAGUACGCCCCUGACAUCUCUGGACGCCUGCAUAUAACACAUUGUAGAAUCUCUCCGGAGUAGCCGAAGAUUCGAAUACCUGUUUUAAAAAUUCAACGUAAAUUCUGCGAAGGACAGAAGUGAAUAGGCCUUCUAUCAUUCAGCAGUUAAGAACAAGGACUCUCAAAAAUUUUGGUCAUCAUCCCUGGCAUCUCAAAAGAAAAACUAAGCUGUGUUCAUCACCUUCAGUUCCCGUCCAUUUCGAAGUGGAUAUCUGUCAUGAAAAUUUAGAAAGCAUGUCUGAACCGGAUGCCAUACAUAUCAGUGGUCUUUCUCAAGAGUUAAUUUGCUCCGAUUCUCCCUCCUGUUUGGAAAGCAUCCCUACUUCGUCUUCCCCGCAGAAUGAAAGAAAGAAUAUCGAAAGGGAAAAUGAGUCUAAAGCCACGCUUUCUGAGGAUAUGUGUAGCACACAAGACAAUGUGUUAGAUGAUACUGACAUGGGAAGUUAUCAACAAAAUAUAAAAUCCCAGCCAAUUAACACCAGCAUUUCUUCCUUGAGACAAUCUGAACCCAUUUGCAAGUUUCACUGGAUAGAAGCAUUCAGUGAUGGAAUGAUGUUUCAAAAUCUGCCAGAAGGCUUUUCUUACAUAGAAAAACCAGAAUGUCAAAAUACUGUUUACAGUUAUGCAAAAGACAAUGUAACACAGGAUUCAUUUAAGGAAGAAAAUUCAAUAGAAGCUAGCAUUUCUACAACUAAAGACCAACCUACUCAUGAGUGUGUUACACAGUCUUCUAGAAGUCUAAGGCACUACAAUAAAGAGACCCUGGAAUUUAGGGAAAAGCCAUUGGCUCCACAUAAUGCCACGGAAUUUAUCCUCAAGCCUGGUCAGCCUCAGAACUUUUUGUAUAGAGAAAGCAUGCCCAGAACUGUUGAAGACCUGGAUUAUAAUGGAGAUGACUUUCACCUGUACGAUCUGAGCGUUGCUUCCAAGACAGAGGAGACUGAAGUUUCUUCAAAAGAAAUACAAAUUUCUGAGGAGAGUCCUGAGAUGUCAGCCAGUCACCAGGACGAAGUUCUAGCAGAAGACUUGGAAAGCCCAGUGACUGCCUUAGCUUGGUGCCCAGCCAGGCUCUCCAGGGAUUCUAGAGCCUUUCAGGAGAACUGUGAGAUCCCUGAUAUGGAGCAAAGCUUUGAAAACUUACAGCCUUUGGAAGAGGACAUGGCUUUAAACGAAGCCUUACAGAGUUUACAGCAUGCUAACAGACAGCAGCAAAUACAAAUCCAAGACCUUCAGUGUAGCAACCUGCAUUUACAGAAGAAGAAUAAAGAGCUACAGAUGAAGAUUAUCAAACAGCCGGUGUUUUUUGACAUCAUCAGUAAGCUGGAGAAGAAUAUGGAAGAAUUAAUUGAGGACAAAUACAACAUGAAACUAGAGAAGAAUGAUAUGAACAGGAAACUGCAGAAUUUACAAGAGAGUUUAGCUAUCACUGAAAAACAUCUUCAGGAAUCCAGGAAAGAGAAGGAAACCUUACAGCUCCAAGUUAAAAAGAUCAAGGCCAAUUAUAUUCAUUUACAGGAAAGGUACAUUACUGAAGUUCAGCAGAAGAACAGAUCGGUAAGCCAGUGCAUAGAGAUGGACAGAAGCCUGAGUGAGAAAGAAGGAGAAGUGGAAAGACUGCAGCAACUCAAAGGGCGGCUCGAGAGGGCCAACACUUCCGCUCUGGACCUGCUGCAGAAGGAAAAAGAGACCCGAGAGCAAGAGUUCUUAUCCUUGCAGGAGGAAUUCCAGAAACGUGAAAAGGAGAACCUGGAAGAGAGACAGAAAUUGAAAUUGAGGGUUGAGAAAUCCACCGCUCAAGUUAAAAGUCUGCGAUACCUCUGUGAAAACGAGAAGGCUAAGAAUGUAAAACUUGAGGAGCAGAUCAGUGAGCUGAAAAAUGAGAAUGCACAACUUCAAGAGCAGCUCAUUAGGAGUCAGGAGCAGAAUUAUGUCCCGAAAGUUGAGGUUACUCAGUUACAGGAGAAAUUAGAUGAAGGAAUGGAGCCAGAUACCACCAAGGACAUCUUUUCUGAACAUUGCAAAGAAAGGGAGAAAAUGAGUGAGGUAAUGCUGCAGAAGUUGAAGAGCCUGCAUUUUAAAAAGAAAGAUUUCGAUAAAGAGCUACUGAAACAUAAAGACAGAAUCACAACUUUUAAAGAACUACUUGCCAGUGAAAAAGCGUUUCAAGAUCACAUCAUCAAGGUCCCCAAAUUUGAUUCAGAGGAAGCCAAGAACGUGAAAGAUGUGCCUGUCUUAUUGGGAGCCAAACUGGAGGAGUACCACAGUCUAAAUGAGGAGCUGGAUUCCGUGAUCAAAAAACUGGGAAUCCUUGUAGAGUCGAAAGAAGAUCACUGCAACAAACUCAUUGAGGAGAAUGAUACGUAUCAGAGACACUUAGGAAACCUAAUAAGUAAGGUUGCGUCAUAUGAGGAAAUUAUCAAAUGUGCUGACCAAAGGCUCCAGGGAUCCCAUUCCCAGAUCGUGCAUUUGGAAGAAAGAAAUAAGUAUUUGGAAGAUUUAAUUAGAAGGCCCACGGAGAGAGCCAGAAAACUAAGACCAAGAUCAGAAAAUCAUCCAAGACCGUGACCUCAGUGGUCACCCUGAGAGACAGGAUAGAGACUGCUGUUUUUUCCGGUGACCUGCCAAUAACACAGGCCGGCUUCCUAAGGUGCAUUUUGGCGGGGAUCAGGUUGCCUUCUCUGUCCUCUAGUGUGGGCCUCUCGUGCCACCUGUCGUAGUUUGAGCUGUCACUUUUCUUGUCUGAAGCAUUGCUCACACGGGUCCCCUCACUCCUGUUUCAAGCCUGCUUGGUGUUCCCGCUGAUCUGCCACAGCCAGUGCCUCGCUGGUGUUUCCCUCUUUGGUUUUGCUCCCCUGCACCUGGCUUGGACAGGUUCAGCUUUCAGAAGCAAAGCAUGAUGGUCCCAAGGCAUCCUGGGUCCCCAUGCAGCUGGGGGUGUGGCUCUCGCUUCCCUCUCCAUAUCUAACUGCCAGCAGGUCUGCAAACCUGCUGUGUUAUUUUUUGCCUUCCUGUUAUUGCCUGUGCAGCUCCUAUUAUCCUGUUACACUUCUCUCUCUCUCUCUCUCUCUCUCUCUCUCUCUCUCUCUCUCUUGUUCAUGUGUUGGUCCCCACCACACAAUCCUGCAUCCUGCCUUGUCCCAGAGGGAACUGACUGGCUUCCUCCCAUUGCACAGGAGGUACCCUUGAAACAACAGCACCUCUGUGUGGCCUUACAUGCUCUGCCUGCAUGUCCCGUCCUGUGCCUUGGCCUGGCGCAGCUCUUCUGGUGCAGGAAUUCUCUCGUGAACCUUUAUGUUGGUGUCUCCAGGCACCUCCCUAUUGUAAGGAGUGUUAGCUUUGAGGACAAGGCCAAAGCUCCACUUUGCUGCUAAACAACACAGCUGCCAACACUCUUGUCCCUCCCAGAAAUGGUUCAUGAAUGCUGUGGCCUAUUUGUUUUUGUUUUUUUUGAGACAAGAUCUUGCUAAGUCUUCAAAUACCCAGGCUAGGUACAUCACCUCAGCUGGCCAGAAUGCUGGGGUUACAGGUGUGCACCAGGAGAGGCUGUCAGUCUCCUGCCUGGCUGUAGAGCACCCAGAUGCAAAAGAAAGCCAGUGAAAGUUCUGCCGUUGAAGAAGAGCUCUGUAUGACCAAGGUUCUUUGUGGAACAAAGGGCAGUGAAUCCAAGUGCUCAUGGCUUUUAUUGGUAUCAAUCAGGGAGGCUGGUGGGAGUUGCAGAGGAGGGCUAGGGAAGAGGAACUUUUCAGGCAUGGCUACAAGGAGAAACGGGCACUCUUGCACCAGGCACAGAGGCCUGCAGUACACAGCAAGAUCCUGUCUCAAAAACAAAGUAGUUGUUCAGGAAUACUGUCACUACUGCCGCUUAUGUUUUCCUUUUGCUUUCUUUGUGUAUGUGUGUGUUUGUUUUUUGAGACAAGGUCUCACUAUGACAGGGUCAGCCUAUGUCUCAGGCCAGCUUUGAACUCUCUUAUGUAGCCCAGGCUGACCUCAAACUGAGAUCCUUCUGCCUCAGCCUUCCAAGUGCUGGGAUUACAGGCAUACACCACCAUGCCUGGCUUUUUCCUUUCAUUUUUAAAUGCAAGAUGUUUUAAAAAGAGAUAGAAAUGAUUUAGCUUAAAUAAGACUAAAGAGUAAGUACUAGUCAUUUUUUUAACCACUCCAGGAAAAAUCAUUACUAAGUAUACCACUCCAAUUAAUUCAUAAAAUGAUGUAUUAAAUUACAUGUAAACACUGAAGUCCUACAUUCCAAAAACUUGAAAUGUAAAUUGUAUUUUCUUUUUUUUUUGGUACCAGGGAUCGAACUCACAACCUUGCACUUGCCAGGUAGACACUUAUACCACUGAGCUAAAUCCCUGGCCCAAAAUGUAAAAUUUUUUUUUUGUUUUGUUUUUUUUGUCUUUUUCCUUUUUAUCGGUACCAGGGAUCGAACUCACGACUGCCUGCUUACAAGGCAGGCGUUUUAUGCUGCUGAGCUAAAUCCCCAGCCCCCAAAAUGUAAAAUUUAAAAAAUUUUUUCCAGUGAAAAUCAAACAUGUUCUACUUCCACAUAGACAUGUGAAUGUGGUAACUUCUGAAUAUUCCUCCAGAAUACCAUGUGAUCAGGCAUUUCCUUGCAUGUGUGUGCUGGGGCUUGAACCCAGGACCUUCAGGACUAAGCCACAUCUGCAGCCCUUCUGUAAUUUAUAUUUUAAGUCAUGAAGUUGUAUAAGCUGGGCUCAAAUCUUUGAGCCUUGUGCCUCAGCCUCUUCGAGUGCUGGGGUUACAGCCUAUCGGGCCUCUAAUGAUGCACCCCAAUAGUUGUGAACUUAAGGACAUUUUGUUUUCCCUGCAACACAUCUUUCUUUUCUCCAGGCAAACAGGCAGUUCUUCCUACGACCAGCCAAUUUUAAAAUGCAGCGGCUCUGAAGUCGUUUGAAAUUAAAUCCCAGAUGAGACAAGAGCACUGAUCUUUUAAAAUGUAAGCCUUCUAUUUUCUCUCUUAACAUGGGUUUUGAGGUAAGUUCUAAAUUGAAACAAAGGAUUCAGAGACCUUUUUGUACCUCAGGAAAAUAAACAUAUACAUGACACACAGAUUAGCUUUUCGAUACAUCCAAGACCAUGCUGAAAGUAUAGCGUUGAUUAAAAUAUACGUUUAUUUCACUAGAAUUGUAUUUAAUCAGAGGAAAAGAUCUAUAGAUAUAUAACUGGUCCUUCAGGAAGUGCUGAAUAAAUAAAAACUAUUAUCACUGUGACUUUCGCUGAGGAAUUCUAUAUGUAUAAUGUGGAAACAAACUCUGUUAAUUGCUCAAAUUCAAAAAGUUGGAUUACUUGUUUGGAAGGGCACCCCAGAGGGCCUCAGAUGGUAGCCUGGCAGCUGGAGCAGGGUAGAGCUGGCCUGGGGCACUGGAGAGCUCUGGAUAGGAGAGGCAGGUGAGGGAGAGGAGGCUCAGACAGCCUGCAAGCUGGCAUUAUCAUGCUCAGCAAUUCAGUGAACUCACUUUAAAAACAGAAAGUUUGACUGGGAUCAAACUUGGAGCCUCACACGUGCUAAUCAAGCAUUCUACGGCUGAGCCACACCCCUAGCCCACUCUGUGUAUAUUUUUCUGAGACAAGGUCUCAGUAAGUUUCCCAGGCAGGCCUCACACUUGUAAUUCUCCUGCCUCAGCCUUCUGACCUGAGUAGCAAUAAUUACACGUGUGAACCACCAUGUCUGGCUAGAUAUGUGGGUCUUAAAGCUAAAACAUAAAUGACUUAAAUUUAGGACCUUUAAAGCACAUUAAAAGCUGGGACAUAAGUUAAACUUGAGAAAUGCACCAUGAAUUGCAGCUAUAGCAGUGUUUCCUUUAGAACUUAGCUCCUGAGCUUUGAAAGCUUUGAAAUGAUUCAAGUUUCAACUUAACGCUUCCAUGGGAUCCUGUAGAAGAAAAUAUAACAUAGUAAGAGAAGGCAGCUGUUGUAUUCCUUUACCUACAGGUUAACUCAAAAUGAAUGUGCCUGUGUCGGCACAUGGCAGUGGGUAUAGAGUUUAAGCCGGUCCUUCUUUCAAUAAACAUUUAAUGACUUCCAAUAA